GCUGAGCCAUAUGGGAUGUUUGCUCGUUGCUGCUUUGCUGUAGGAGGAUGUCCUCUCUCCCGUUCCACUGGCUAACUAAGGACAAACGGACCUACAAUUCCUGGUGUGGUGAGAAAGUGCGAUUCGCUGUUCUGAAUUUGAAAAGCAAGGCAGUAAGCGUGGGCCCUGACUCUCUUCACCGGCGACAGAAGGAUGGAAGGCUUAAAUUCUGCGGAUAGAAAGAGGGUCCUUCCCACCUGGAUGACAGCCCAGGUGCCUGAGAAGAGAGUGGUGCCAGUGAAGACCCCAAAGAGCGGAAUGGCAGCGGGGCCGGCGGCUGCAGCAAGACUGCCCGCAGUGAAGACCGUGUACUGCAUGAAUGAAGCCGAACUCGUCGAUGUUGCCCUGGGGGUCCUGACUGAGUGCCCCAAACAGGAAAAGGACUUGGAGCAGACACCCCUGGCAGGCGCUGAUAAGGAAGAGCUGUCCCCAGCCUGCUCCGACUGGGAGUGGCCGAGUUCUCCCGAGAGAAGUGAGGAUGCCAGUGGGGAAGGGUCCCCCCCCGCAGGCCUCGGGCCUCCUCCAGGGACUGCAGGCUCGGACUGUGCCAGCAGCAGGAGCCCCGAGAAAGACAAGGGUGCAGAUGCGUUCAGGUAUGUCAGAGAGAUUUUCUUCAGCUGAGGGACAGCUUCCCAGGACAUUCCCAGAGCAGCUAAGGAAGCGGGCCUUGGCUCUCGGCCAGGGGCCACUCUCAGCUCGACGCCCUUCCACCUGGAGCAGCAGCCCAGGAAGUGGGGAUCAGAAUGAGCUGCCAUUAGACUUCCUCCCUGCACUGUGUCUGCCCCCAGCUCAGAGGUCUGCAGCCGCCCUGUCUUUGUGUUGUUACCAGGCUCCAGGGAACAUGAGGCCCUGCUGGUCAGACUUACUGGCACCAAGGAGUCAACUUAAUACUUUUCAAACAGAAAGAGCAUGGCUGCUAAAUACACUGGAAUUGUCCAGUUUGGGCAGUUACCCUCUCUGCCCGAGGAAGAAGCCUAACAAAGGGCGUUUCCUGCACAAGGCAGCCAGUCAACCCCUGAGCCUCCCUCAUCGGCCCUGCAGACACAUUCUGCCCAGUGCUCUGCUCUGUCUAGGAGUUUGGGGCUCCCGGGGUGCCUUUGGUACAAGCUGCCUAUCCAUCAGGCCUCCCCCAAGCUUCCUCCUGUCUACUUCGCGGCCUUGGCCCGUGACCACUCUUCAAGUGAGAGAACAGGACCCCAAGGUGGAUGCUAAGAACGAGGUCACAAGCAGAGUCCAUAUUGCCUCUGUAUUCAUUGUGGCCUUGGAUACGCAUAGAAUGUGACAACCAUUUGCUAUACAGGUUUUCCAGUUUACAGGUGCUGAAAAAUACAUAAAAUUCCCCAUGCCCAAGUUGCACUUGUAUCCUCCCUAGGUCUAGUUUGAGCAGUGAAGGGAUGCGGCGUUUGUGGAACCAUUCAGGCCUGUUCACCUUCCUCCCUGCCCAGGGCGUGUUCUGCUCCCAACCUCCCAGGCCCCACGUUAGGCGUCAGGUGCCAGCUCACACCCCUGCGCCGACUGGCUCCAGGUCCAGCCACCUUCUCAGCUGCCUUCAGUGACUCCCUCUGAGAUCGCUCCUGCGCCUUGGGGAGUGGUGUCAUGGGGAAGGCAGGAAGGAGGGGAGAGCUUGCUAGUCAGGGCCCUAGACACACCCGGGUGCUGUUUCCCCAUUUGUCACCAUGAACCUUCCCUGGGUCUCAGUUUGCCUUUGGCUGAUCAUCCUGGAAAUCGCCCUGUGACAGGAACCCUUCUGUCUCCACCAUCCUUCGAAGUAAGAAUGGCUUGCUCAGAUCAGUUAAUUUAAGUGGGAAUUCUCAUGA